UUGCAUCGCAGAAUAUUGUUCCUCGGUGCAGACCGUACAUCUACAAUGCUAUGAGACAUUAGCAUAGACAACAGACACAGCUCUCAGGUUUCGAGCGUUUUAUUUAGCAUCGACUGCUUAUUCCUCUGCACCUGUCAACAUGGUCAACGUACACAAAGGUGUCCUUGUUGAAUGUGAUCCUGCCAUGAAACAAUUCCUCCUGUUCCUGGAUGAAAAAAUGGCCCUGGGAAAGAAGUUCAUCCUCAAGGACCUUGACGACACACACUUGUUCAUCCUAGAAGAGGUGGUGAAGACCCUGCAGGAGAGAGUCGGCGAGUUAAUGGACCAAAAUUCAUUCCCUUUCAAGCAGCAAUAACACUCAACUUUUCAAAGCAGUCUAGCUUCUUGGACUUGGGGCUGUAAGACAGUUUUUGUCUCCAAAUGAACAUGGUUUGCAAUGUUUUAACUGCAGACGGAAAUGGAGCAAUUGCUCUUUUUUGUUACAAUAAUGUGAAGUAAAAAUGCUUUACAGUGUUGGCUUUGUAAAGAAUGCAUUUCUUUUCUGAUUAAAAAAACUCAUUUGUUAGCCUUCUGAAAUGUCAAACAUCAUACAUAUUUUUUUGA